GUCGGACAAAACAAAUGAGGUGCACCGAUUCUCGUCUCGUGAAAUAAUGUAAACGUUCUGUGGUUGUCUUAUAAUUUAUCUAUAGAAUGUGUAGACAGUAUAGUUGUCUGUAUGUUGACAUGACUAUGCCGUUGAUCUAUUUAAAUGUUUUUUCUCAUUAGUUGCAUAUCUGAUCUAUUUUAAUUGCGAAUCUUUCAGAAGCUGCGUGCUGUCAUUGGGUAGGAGGUCAGUUAAUGAGUGCCUCUAAAUUCAUUUAGGAUGUCUGAAUUUGGCAUAGAAUCAAAUCACUCCACAGAGACUCAUAAGCAGGGUUCAGCUGGUGACGGUUCUUUUAAAAAACGACUCGGUAUUUUUGCUACUUGUGUGGUCGGAGGGUCAUUGGUGGCUCUGUACGCAGUGACCGGACCGUUUAUAGCACCAGCUUUGAGGAAAGUUUGUCUCCCGUUUGUUCCUGCAACGAGGACUCAAAUUGAAAACGUUCUUAAUGUUUUGAAAACUAGAUCUGGUUCUCUGGUGGAUAUCGGCAGCGGAGAUGGACGUAUAGUUAUCGCUGCAGCAAAAAGUGGUUUCAAGGCAGUUGGCUUCGAGCUGAACCCCUGGCUGGUGUGGUACUCCCGAUUCAAAGCCUGGAGGGAAGGUGUUCAUCACAACACUUCUUUUUAUAUUUCUGACCUUUGGAAGGUCAGUUUUUCAGAGUACUCCAAUGUGGUCAUCUUUGGUGUUCCUCAAAUGAUGGAGCAGCUUGAAGUCAAGCUCCAAACAGAGCUCCAGAGUUCAGCCAAAGUAGUGGCUUGUCGCUUUCCAUUUCCCACUUGGACUCCUGAUGAUGUCGCUGGAGAGGGGAUUGAUACCGUUUGGGUUUAUAAUGCCAAGACAUUCAAACCUCCCAUCAGAAAUUAUAAAGACAGUGAAAGACCGAACUAAUGACAAACUUAGUUUCUUUAAAGAAACAUUUCUUUCUUUAGUGACAAACUUUUUGUCUCUCUCAUGUAAGCAUGAAAAACAGUCCAAUUUGGCUGCCUUGUUGCGCCUAAUUAAAAAUCCCUGUGUUUUAGUAAAGAAAAUGAGUUUGUUUUUUUCUGUAUUUAAAAUAUGACAAAGAAAAUUAUUUUAUAUAUAAUUUCUCAGAGAUGUGGAGUGAUCAAAUCCUGAUAAGAAUAUUUCAUGUUGUUUAAAGGCACGUUCACACCAAGAAUGAUAACUAUAAAGAUAACUAUAUUAGCGUCCACAUCAGAGUCUGUUUAUUGUGGGGUGCAUGCUCAUCUGCCACUUGAAAUUCUUGAUUUCUGAUUGUGUCCAUAUUUUUUUAUCGUUCAUUAACUUAUAUUGUUAUAUCAUUUCUCUGUGCCUUUAUCGUUACAGCAGAGAAUUAUUUUUAUAUCUAUGAUUAACUUUAUAGUUAUCCUCCUUGGUGUGAACAGGCCUUAAAGCUUAUUCUAUACAAUCAAGUAAAACAUAAAGCACAUCUUAAGUACUCAUAGGGACAAAUAUAUAUGUCAUGUAAAUAAUCCAACGUUAUUCCUGGAAUAAACUGAUUGACUUAAGUAUUAA